AUGACAGAUAGCCCUCGAAUGCUAUAUAAGCGCACGCAGGCAAGGAAGAAGUACCCACUCAACUGCGCACUGAUGAUGUCUCCUCGUAUGGUGACGAAACGUUUGCAAGCCAAUUGCCAAGCUCGGCGAACAGAUCAACAGCCAAUAAAUGUACACAUUUCAAAACCCGCAGUUUUCCGACAAUAUAUCCAUCUGCUUAUGUGGACCGAGAGGCAUGCAUAUGCAGAUACACGAUUUCCCGCCUAA